CGCACCCACUUCCAUCUUGUUAAAAAUUGAAUCUCCGGCGAUCAUGGGCGGCACAACCACUUCCCCCACGGCGGACGCUACUCCCGUUAACGACUCCGAAUCACCAACGCUCCCACUCCUCUCAGAACCCAACACCAAAAUCCCCGAAGACUCGUACCAUUUAGCCUACAUAAUCUACUUCAUCCUUGGCACCGGUUACUUGAUUCCAUGGAACGCAUUCAUCACAGCCGUCGAUUACUUCUCAUAUCUCUACCCCGACGCCUCCGUCGACCGUGUUUUCGCCGUCGUUUACAUGGUUGUAGGCCUCAUAUCUCUCCUCGUCAUCAUCUUCUACGCAGACAAAUCUCAUUCCUUCGUCAGGAUUAACGUAGGUCUCGGUCUGUUUGUUGUAUCGUUGCUUGUCGUCCCUGUGAUGGAUGUAACGUAUAUCAAGGGUCAGGUCGGGGUUUACGGCGGGUUUUACGUUUCUGUGGCGGCGGUGGCGUUGGCUGGUCUCGCCGAUGCGUUGGUUCAAGGCGGAGUGAUUGGAGCCGCCGGUGAAAUGCCGGAGAGGUAUAUGCAAGCUGUCGUUGCUGGAACUGCUGCUUCAGGGGUUCUCAUAUCGAUUCUAAGAAUCUUCACGAAAGCAGUAUACUCACAAGACGCUCAAGGGCUACGAAAAAGCGCAAAUCUCUACUUCUUAGUCAGCAUAAUCGUAAUGAUCAUAUGCAUCGUUUUACAUAACAUAGCUCACAGACUCCCUGUCAUCAAACACUACAACGAGAUAAAAAUCCAAGCUGUAAACACCGAGAAGGAAGAAAAAGGCGCCGUUACCGGAGCACGGGAAAUCAUGGGAGCAGUAAAAUGGUACGGAAUCGGCGUCAUCAUCCUCUACGUUGUAACUUUAGCUAUAUUUCCCGGGUAUAUUACAGAAGAUGUUCAUUCCGAAAUCCUCAAAGAUUGGUAUCCGAUCAUUCUUAUUGCUGCUUUCAACGUGUUUGACCUAAUCGGGAAAUGUUUGACUGCGAUUUAUGUGGUGGAGAAUGCUAAGGUGGCUAUCGGUGCUUCAUUUGCUCGGCUUUUAUUUUUUCCGGUGUACUUGGCUUGUUUACAUGGUCCGAUGGUUCUUCGGACUGAGAUUCCGGUGACAAUUGUGACUUGUCUUCUAGGGCUUACUAAUGGCUACUUGACUAGCUGUUUGCUGAUGUUGGGUCCUAAAACGGUGCCGCUUCAACAUGCUGAGACAGCCGGGACUGUGCUUGUGUUGUUCUUGGUUUUGGGUCUGGCUAGUGGUUCGGUGGUUAGUUGGUUUUGGGUCAUUUGAUUGGUGGGUUUCAACUUUGGAAAUAUGUGUAAUCGGAUUGAAAUUGAUAAGAUAUGUAGAUAUACCUUUUCUCUUCGUUCUUCUCAUUGGCUCUAAAUUCGGGGCAGUUUCUUUAAAUGUA